AGACUCGCCCACCUCUGGUGUCAAAGAGGGAAACUUCGAAUGACUCAGCUCGUUCGAUCACAAAGUCAAACAGCUCACUAAGGGUAAACUUAUUGCCCACUGUUCCAGAAGUAGAAAUGAAUUCAUCAAAAAAGGCGACCGGACAUCUCACAGCAAACAAAGCGCUCAUACGGAAACUUGCUUUGGCCUCAUUAAGUUCUCGAGGAAUUGAUAAAGGUCAUGCAGAUUUCAAGGAUCUGUUUGCAGCCGUCUGUCGUGGUGUGCAGUUUGCCAUGCGAAAAGAACUUGAAGUUCAAGAAAUUGAUAAGACACUUACUCAAGGUUUUGUGGACGGACAUUUGGCUAUGUAUAAGAUCAUGACACCUGUUGAGAGUGUGAUGUUGGCUAUGAAACUUGGUACCACCACAUAAGUUUCUUACAAAUCAUCAGCUCUUUUAGGCUGGUCUAUAAUGGACUUUUCUUUGAAGUCAUCUUUCGAUUUUUGAAUUGUGUAUCUUGAAGUUGUAGAUUACAAUACCAAUUGUAUGGUAUCUUCGACUUAAUUGAUUUCGAUUUUCUUGUAGUUUUUGGUUUUUUAUUUUUAGAAAAUGUUAUACUCAUUAACCAGAUUGAAUUUAAUAUUUCUGAUUUUUAUUGAUUGUAACUUUUAAUUCUUGAAUUAUGGACUCAUUUGAUUUGGAUAAUAAUCUAUAAAACUUCACUUCUGACC